AACCUCGCCCGCCAUGAUUGUUGUGUUUUUAGUCCGUCCGUUGUGCAGUAAGUGUUUUUACUGGAAGGGAAGAAGAGGAAAAAGACCUAGAAGUUUGUUUAUUCUAGCUUUUGGAGUGAAAACAAGUUUCUGAACAUGGAGUCUCGAUUUUCCCACCUGCGCCAGCGGGACAACAGUGUGUCAAUGCUGAGGGUCAAAAUGUCCCGUAGGAGGUCUCAGUCCCAGAAAGAGAACCGAGAACGGGCCGUUAACACCCGCAGGCAGCUCGACAAGCUUGCUGAGCUGGAAAUGUCUUCUCUGGAUGCCUCCAUUGCAAUGGGCAACAUGUCUGUCAUUCAGGAAAAGACAGUAAACACUGCAAAAACUACCAAAAAUGCGGCUGUAGAAGAAAGGAUGAAGCAACUUGAGCGCUGGAAAGAGCGUAAAACUCUGGAGAAGGAGAAGCAAAAAAGAGAAAAGGAGCGUAAAGGGGUAUUUAAGACAGGCCUGUAUCAUCCCAAGGAUGUGCUUACCAUUGCCCCUUUGCCUAUGGUCCCAGUGGCUUCAACCAGAGCCAAGGAGACAAAAGUAAACACAGUAUCAUCCCAGAGUAGCAGAGUGACCCGUUCAAUGAGACAGCAACAGGUGCAGAAGCCUUUGAAAAUGCAUGAUUCCAGUAUUGUGCCAAAGAAAGUUCAGCCUGCAGUAGAAAGGUCAGCUAGGAGCCGUGGAGCUCCUCCCAAAGCAGCGUCCGUGAUCGCUUUGCCCAAGAACAAAGUCUUCGCAGUGGAGCCUGUUGUACGAGCUUUGUCGACCAGAUCAGCCAACAGGCCUCCUGUUACAGCAGUUCCUGCAGUGAAAGACAACCCUAAAGACAAGUGUGCCGAUGUACGAACCACAAGGAGCAGAGCAUUUGUCAACCCAGUGGCCCCCUCUUCUGAUAGAGAAAGGAACUGUAAAGGAAAGAUCAGAAAUACUGCGAAACCUGCUGACCGUCAGAGUAUUCCUAAGCCGGUGCUAGAGUCUGAGAUGCAUGAGCUGGAACAGAAGCCUUAUCCUGCUGGCCCAACAUCCUGUUCUGAGGAGGAGAAUGUGGCAGUGGACCAGGCUGUGGCAGACUCUGGUCUUGACAAGGAUCCUGUUGAAGUUUCAUCUUCUUUAUCUUCAUUUGCCCCUGAGGGUUUUGUCUUCCACGCUCCCACUGGUUUGUCAUCCUUCAAGUUCGAUCCUCUUACCCCUCGUUCAGCUGAUGCGUUUCUGACACCAAGCCCCAGCUUUAAUCUUCCACCUGCUCCUGUUUUCAAUGAUGAACCGCAAGAUGAGCCAAGCAAACCCUCUCCCCCAAAAUCCCCUUGCCGCUCUCCUCAGCAUACAUCCCCCACAAUGGGUGCCCCGCCUCCAGAUAGCCCCCUGGAAUCAAAGCAUGAUGUACCAUACUUCAGAUCACAAAUCACUAAUGAGACAGACAGACUCACAAGCCUAUGUAUGCAGUGGGAGUCUAAAGUGGAAGAUGAGUCCAUCCCAGAAGAGAUGAGAGACCGUAUGCGCACAGCAGUUGGCCAGGCAAGGCUGCUGAUGAAAGAACGUUUUAACCAGUUCAGUGGUCUGGUGGACGACUGCGAGUUCAGCAGAGGGGAGAAGGUCACCACCUGCACAGACCUGCAGGGAUUCUGGGACAUGGUUUAUUUCCAGGUAGAGGAUGUUAACAAGAAGUUUGGUGCCCUCAAAGAGGCUGAAGCUCAAGGCUGGGUGGAGGAACAGAAGCCACCACCACGGCAGAAGAAAGUAGUUAAGAAACCAUCAGCUGCACCUGUUAAGCCAACAGGAAACAAAGCAGCAGCCAGGUCUCGCCUUGCUGCAGUGAAAGCUGCCAUGAAGGCCAAACAGCAGGCCGCUGAGUCGGAGAAAGCAGCCAAGGCCGAUGGUACCACUGAAGAGCCAAGCCUGAGCUCCCAAGAACCCCAACCAGAGGCCCAGAGUCUGGAUACCGUGGUCUUCAGUGAAGGCUUCUUCCAGGUCAAGAGCCCAGCCAAGACACCAGGUUCAGUGAGGAGGUCCAGUCGUCUCAGUGCUGCUGUGCUGCCUCAGCCAUCUCCAUCAAACCACAUCACUCCUAGGAGAGUGACUCGGCGAUCCCUUGCAUUGGCUCAAACCCCUGUUCUUCAGACAAACGCCUCUCCCGCUCAGCCCACAUUAACACCAGCCCACCUCUGUCGUACCCUCAACAAAACCCCAGCACAGGCAACGCCGUCUCAACCUGGUGCUCCUCAUCUGCCCGGGAGCAGAAGUGACACUGGAAAUGUCUCUCUUCAUUUCUCACCGGUCAAAGAAGACAACACAGAAACCAUCUCCACUCAGGACACAUCUGUCCAUGAAAUGAGUUUACCAGCCCUCGAACAAUCACUUCCAUCCGCUGCUGUAGCUGAAGACACAAACAAACCAGCUGAAGAUAACAACGCUGUCCUGCCUCUGUCUCCGUGUAAAUCACCCCCUCCUGCCCCUUCAGCAGCCAUGAGUUUCACCUUAUCACCCUGUGGAACUCCACACCAGUCUCAGCUCUCUUCUCCUGCUGUACAAGGCCUCAUGACGGUCCCAGAUUCCACUGGAAAUACUCCAGACUGCUCAGUGAACGAGGGCAUGCCUGCCUUGGAUUUUGAGCGAUACUUUCAGCCUUCACAGAGAUGCAGCUUGUCACCAAGGGAGAUGGUUGCCAUAGAGUCACCAUCACCUAUGGAAGUGGAUGUAGAAAUGGAGAAUCCCGCAGGUCAAUGUGAGGGUCUCCAUACCCAGCAGGAACCAGCACCACCCACGGUCCCAGCACUGUUCACUCCUCAGUCACCACAGGUCCAGACGGCAGAAUCUGCUCUGCUUCUCUUCACCCCAGAUGUGAAGGACCGGAUACGCCAGUCUGUUUGUCCGAGUGACCUGAUGGUCUUCACCCCUCCUAAACUGUAGCGACAAGUUUGUCUUUAAAAGAAA